UCCCUCAUUUCAAAACACCAUUUUUAUCUAAUCAUAGUUGCCAAACAUCAAAAAGGAAAAGAAAAUAAUGAAACCUCCAUUGCCACCUUCAACCUCUUCAGCUCUGAGAAAGACGCGUCCUUCUCCCUACUUUUACACCUUCUUAACGUUCACGGUCUUCGUUCUCAUUCUCUAUUGUGAAGACUUGCUCUCCGUUUUUGAUCGAAAUGAACUCGUUCCAAUCAAACCAAUCCCUGAAACAGGGAAGGAAAAAGAGACAAAAUCGACGUCGCAAUUGCCAUUUGUUAUAGGGGAACCUGAAGAAACAGGGAAGAAAGAAGAGACGGAAUCGACGUCGAAACUGCCAUUUGCGAGAGGGGAACCUGAAGAAACAGGGAAGAAAAAGGAGGCGAAAUCGACGUCAAAGCUGCCAUUCGCGAUAGGGGAAACUGAAGAAGGAUGUGAUAUAUUCAGUGGGAGGUGGGUGAGGGACGAGUUAACUCGGCCUCUCUAUGAAGAAUCGGAGUGUCCGUACAUUCAGCCCCAGUUGACAUGUCAAGAACAUGGUAGACCUGAUAAAGAGUAUCAGAAAUGGCGAUGGCAACCCUAUGGAUGUGACCUUCCCAGGUUUAAUGCCACAUUGAUUCUAGAGUCGUUAAGAGGGAAGAGGAUGAUGUUUGUAGGAGACUCAUUGAACCGGGGUCAGUAUGUUUCAAUGGUGUGCCUUCUCCAUAGAAUUCUUCCUCCAAAUGCAAAGUCUUUAGAAUCUUCCAUCGAUCAAUCAUUAACGGUCUUCAGAGCCAAGGAUUACAAUGCGACGAUUGAAUUCAACUGGGCACCAUUUCUUCUGGAAUCGAAUUCGGAUAACGCCAUCGUUCACAGAGUGGACGAUAGAAUGGUGAAGAAAGGAUCCAUCAACAAGCAUGGCAAGAAUUGGAAAGGCGUCGAUGUGUUGGUAUUCAACACAUAUCUAUGGUGGAUGACAGGCCGAAAGAUGAAGUUCUUGAAAGGGAAAGGGUCAUUUAAGGAUGAAAAGAAAGAUAUCGAAGAGCUGACAACUGAGGAUGCUUAUCGAGUAGCAAUGAAAAGCAUGUUGAAAUGGGCGAGGAAAAACAUGGAUCGUAACAAGACGAGGGUGUUCUUCACUAGCAUGUCUCCUUUGCAUAUCAAGAGUCAGGAAUGGGGAGGGGAACCUGGUGGAAACUGUUAUAAUGAAACGACUUUGAUUGAGGAUUCUAAUUAUUGGGGAUCAGAAAACAAGAACAUUAUGCAGGUGAUUGCUGAAGAAUUUGGUAAAUCAAAGUAUCCAAUUACGUUCCUUAACAUCACUCAACUCUCGAGUUAUCGUAAAGAUGCCCACACUUCAAUUUAUAAGAAGCAAUGGAGUCCAUUGACACCCGAACAGUUGGCUAACCCGAUUAGCUAUGCGGAUUGUGUUCAUUGGUGUUUGCCUGGUCUCCAAGAUACUUGGAAUGAACUUCUAUUUACAAAGCUACUUUAUCCUAGUUAACUGUAGAAAUGUAGCAAGUGAUUGAAUUAAUUAAUUGCUGAAGUUUGCACAAGUUUGAUAAUUGAGAUUAAAGAUAUCCAAAGAUUGAGUUAUUCAUCCGAAAAUCCUACGAUAUUUUAGGGAGGAAUUGGAAAAGAAUGAAUGCAAUGCUGUUUUAUUUUUCA